AUGCCAAGUUGUGGAUCGUUCGCGAAGCUGGGCUGGGUAGCCCUCUUAGCUUUUCAACCCUCAUCGGUCACUUCCUACAAGAUUUCGGUGACGACAACUACGCUGGUUGAAUCCUGGGAGGGAUGGGGAACCUCGCUUUCCUGGUGGGCCAACGUCUUCGGAGACCGUAAGGACAUAGCCGACGUUCUUUUUACGAACAUGACGUCGGUCUCGAUCGACGGUGCUGCAGCGAACAUCCCCGCGCUUGAUUUUAAUAUCGCGCGCUACAAUAUCGGCGGGUCCGGCAAUAACGUCAUCGAUGACAGCGGGACUGAGAUUGCGAUGAAGGUCUCGGAAAAGAUGCCUGCAUUCAAGGCGAUCGAGUCAUUCUGGCUGAAUUGGGCCAGCACCGACAUAAGUUCGUCAAGCUGGAACUGGGAUGCGGAUGCGAAGCAGCGUGCGAUGCUUGGCCUGGCGUCCAAGCGUGGUGCUAACAUCUUCGAGGCCUAUUCGAACUCGCCACCGUGGUGGAUGACAAGUAACCAUGCUACAGCCGGUGGAGACGAUGGCGCAGCUGACAACUUGCAAACCGAGUACUUCGAGAAGUUUGCCUUGUAUCUGGCCACGGUUGUGAGCAAGGCGAAGAAGGACUGGGGGAUCGAGUUCAACUAUGUUGCCCCCUUCAACGAGGCUAACAGCAAGGCGUGGAGUUUCCGGAAUCACAGGAAGCAUCUAAACAAGCUUGACUUGCAAAGCGUCGUCAUCGCAGGAGCCGAAGAAAAAAAUCCGGAUGAUUCACUCUUCAUACUCACCGACAUGGUACCCAAAGAGUUGCCAGGAGUUGAUGUCAUGGGUAAGGUGAAUUCUCAUUGUUCCGAUGGAGUAGUCCCAUACACCGGUGAUAACCGCGACAAGCUGCAAGGCAUGGCCUCCUCAGUGCGUAAAACGAUGAAAAUCUGGGAUUCCAUGUACGCCGACGAGGAUGCUACCGGGCUCACCUUGGCGGAGACGAUUGCUCGAGACAUUAACGAAAUGGGUGCUUCAGCCUUUGUGUACAGACAAGCACUCGACAGUGGAGCCGUGGGCCUCAUCCAGUCGAAUCCGGGGGACAAGUGGAUCGGCACAGCCAACCCGAAGUACUACGUAAUGGCUCACUAUUCGCGCCACAUCCACGCAGGGAUGACUAUUCUCAAGUUUGAUGAUCCGAACACUCUUAUCCCCGGAUCGUCGUCGUACGCCUUGGACAAGUACCCGAACUUUGUCGUUGCAUACGACAAAGCCACGAAGGUACUGGUCAUUGUGGCUUCGAAUUCGGGAGAUGCUCAAGCGAUUACGUUUGAUCUAUCCGCCUUAGCUUAUGUGGCUGGCCCGAUCAAUAUCUGGACGACCGAGACCAACUCAACUACAAGGGCAACCUACAAAACCUCCAGUCUCGAUAUCAUGUUUGGCCGGAGCGCCAGAUUCACCGCGGAUCUUCCAGCUCAAUCCAUCACGACGUUGGAGAUUGUGGGUGCUGAAUUGAGUGGUACGGUAUCAUUCUGGGAGCUGCUUUAG